AUGCGCACAGGCCAAUUUCAACGGCGAUUAGCAUGGCCGCUGCUGCAGGCACUGCUGCUGGCGGCGGCAACCGGUCACAGCGGGCUGCGCGCGGUGCUUGCUGCACCGCUGGACACAGCCUGGGUCUCACAGUCGGGCGGCCCCUGCGCCGCCCCCCCGGGCUCCUGCGUCACCUUUGUGGACGCGCUGACCAACCCGGCGGUGCGCACCAUGUACCUGGUGUCGGACGUCAACCUGACGGCGGCGGACUUUGCUGCAUAUGACGACGCCCCAUACCACCUUGACCGGGACCUGCUCGUCGCGUCGGUCCCGGGGACCUGGCGCACCUUGGCGUUCAACUUCCUGGCAAGCAAGAUCUUGAUAGGGAGGAACGUCACAGUGACGCUCGCGGACAUGGUUAUGACGAACACCAGGAUGGCGUCGGGCGUGUCGAUCGACCUGUUUAUGGGCAGCGGCAGCAGCGUCCUCAUAAACCGCAACGCAGUGCGCUGGCGCGCCGUCGGCCUGGACCCCGGGGACUCGGUCCGCGUCUCCUCGAAGCACCCGCGCCCGCCGCGCUUCCCGGGGCAGCAGGACGUGCGCCUGCUGAACCCGGCCGGCUGCAGCGAGCAGCACCCGAACGACCUCGUUUUCAUGAACUUUGCAGUCAGCUGGAAGGGGUCCGCGCAGGACGUGGGCCCGACCAACGAGGGCUACGACGCGGUUCUGCUCAAUGUCACGCGCGCCUGCGUCCAGAUCGCGCCGGCGGCGUGCGCGCGAGACCUGUCUCGGGAUCAGUGCCUGGUGCUCAGCACUGACCAGUACCAGCGGGCCCACGCGGGCGGCGGCGGCGGGGCUGGAGCAAGCGGACGCAGCAGCGCGAGCGGGCCGGGCGUGGGCGUGGCGGUCGGCGCGGCCGUCGGCGCCGUCGGCGGCGCCGCAGCGGCGGGCGCGGCGCUGUGGCUGGUACUGCGACGGCGGCGGCGGCGGCUGCGGCGGGAGCGGGCGCUGGAGAUAGGGUCGGAUGACCUGGGCGCGGCCAAGAGCAGGCGCAGCACCGCGCCGCUGAGCGACGGCCUGCCAGAGGGGCGUGCCGGCCCGCUAGCGGAGAUGCGCCCCAAGAGCGAGGGCUGGGAGCUGGUGCGAUUCCUGUCAGCCCCAGAAUUUGCGGACAGCUCGUCGCCGCAGGACACUAUAGAGCUCGGCAACAUGCUCGGGCGCGGCAGCUUCGGCACGGUGUACAGCGCGCGCUGGCAGGGGCGGCCCGUGGCCGUGAAGGCCAUCUGCCACCGCCACGGCUCGACCACAUCGGCGAAUGAGGCCAACCUGAUCCUCGGGUUCGAACACCCAAACGUGCUCAAGGCGUACCAUGUGGUUCAGUGGUGCAACCUCAGGGCGUCCGACGACGGCGCCGCCCAGACGGGCAGCGGCUGGCUCGGCUCCGGCCACCCGCCCGCCGCGCCCCGCGCGGCUUCCGCGCAGCUGCCGACCCCGCGCGGCGCGGCCAGCGGCGCGUGCAGCACGCCCGGCGGCGGCGCGUCGGGGCAGCUGCCGGCGGCGUCCGAGCCCGGGGAGGGGCGGGGCAGCACGGCGGACUCUGAGUGGGUGCUGCGGCUGGGGACCGGCGGCUCGGCCGCCACCAACGCCACGCCAAACGGCGGCGCCCCCAUGCUAGUGACGACAGAGGAGCUGCGGGACCUGUUCCGCGUGAACGGCGGCGCCGGCGGGGGUGCGGGCGGGGCCGUGGGGGCGGGCGCGGGCGCGAGUGGGGGCGGCGGCGGCGGCGCGGCGGGGCCGGCGGAGAGCUCGGGGGAGCUGGACCGGGGCCCGUCCGAGCGGAUGCCGCUGUACACGAUCCGCAGCGAGUGGCAGGGGAGUUCGGCGGCGGCGGCGUCGCUGGGCGGCGCGGUCGCGGUGCAGGCGGGCUCGGAGACGUGGCUCAUAACCGAGUACUGCGAGUGCGGGGACCUGGAGCGCGCGGCGAUGAGCGGGCUGCUGAAGCGGCCAGACGGCUCCACUGACGAGGCGAGGGUGCUGCACUUGUUGAGGGACGUGGCGGCCGGCCUGACAUACCUGCACAGCAAGAACGUGAUGCACGCAGACCUCAAGGCGGGCAACGUUCUGCUGGCCGCCGACCACGCGUCGCCGUUGGGGGUCGCAGCCAAGGUGUCAGACUUUGGCCUCAGCCGAGCCCUGGGCGUCGGCCAGACACACGCGUCUACGCGCACCGUGGGGACGAUCACGCACAUGCCCGUGAGCGCCGGCCCCCGCCGUAGCCGCGGCCGCCGCCGCUGCCGCGGGACGGGCGUCGCGGCAGCGGCAGCCGGGCAUCGCGCAUCGAUUGCGGGGCGCAGCUGA